CACCAGGCGCAGUUGCAGCACAGUCUUGAAGUGUCCCGACUUCCAAGAGCUAAGUAGUAAGAGCGGUCAUGUGAAAAGCAAGAAUGAAGUCGGUACGCGAAUAAGAAAUGUUCGGUGCGGUUCUUACACUGAAGUCGGAGAGGACAAUGAGGAUUUUUAUUUUUUUACAAAAGUCAGUCGCUUGAUUGGGAUCGGAAAACUCACCUGCUGAAGAGAAGGACUCAAGACAGAAUUGUAGUGCCAUGGCCCCUGGUGUAAGGAGCAUCAGCUCCAGCCCUUCCUAGCUCUCAACAGCAGCAUCCCUGUGAGCAGGGAUGAUCAUGUCCCAUAUGAACGGCUAUGUGUCAGAGGAGACUGAGCCGGUGCUUGGGGAAGGCCUGGAGAGGCCCCACAGGGAGCGUGCGGUGGACUGCCCUGGGGAACUGGGGAGCAGCACCUUGCCAUCCCGCUGCGGAGCCCAGAUGGAGCGGAUCCAGCACUACCAGGAGGAACUGAGGAAGAGGAGGGAGGAGGAGAUGAAGGUGAAGCAUGAGAUUGACCCCAAUGCAUCACUGAGGCUGAAGAAACUGUCUCAGAACCCCAAGCUGGGAAUUGACAACCCCACUUUUGAAGGGCAAGAAAAGCCUCAGGCACAGAGCACAAAGAACCCCCCUGGGGAUCCAGCUGUCGAGCUAGAGGAGCUGGUGGGGGCGUUGCACCGUGUGCAGUGCUGCCUGAGUGAUGCCCAGAGCCAGGAGGACGUGGAGCUGGUGCUGCAGUUGCUCCGGCAGGAUGACUUCCAGAACGCCUUCAGCAUCCAUGCAGCCGUGGCCCACCAGAUGAGCCAUGGCUGCCCGUGCUCGCCACUCACUGCACAGGCACGCAACCUCUGCCAGGAGGUGCAGAGCAUCCUGCAGUCUAGCCAUGAGGAGGAGGGCCAGGAGCUCAGGGCCCUGCUCACCACCCCUCACCUCCAGGCGUUGAUGCAGGCCCAUGAUGAUGUGGCAGAACAGGAAAUAGAGCUGGAGUCUGGGGAGGGUGUGACCCAGUACCUGGGAGAAACUGUCAAACUAGUGCGUCUAGAGAAGGCCCAAGACAUGCCCCUGGGAGCUACGGUACGUAACGACAUGGACAGUGUGAUUGUGAGCCGUGUGGUCAAGGGAGGGGCUGCCGAGCGUAGCGGGCUCCUCAGCGAAGGAGACGAGAUCCUGGAGAUCAAUGGCGUUCCCGUUCGCGGGAAAAACGUGAACGACGUCCACGACUUACUGACCACCAUGCAUGGCACUCUAAGCUUCCUGCUCAUCCCCAGCUCCCAGAGCAAACCUCCUUCACACAGACAGACAGUGAUGCACGUGAGGUCCUUCUUCGACUACGCCCCCUCCGAUGACCCAUACCUGCCGUGUCGGGAGCUGGGUCUGUCUUUCCAAAAAGGUGACAUCCUCCACGUCAUCAGCCAGGAUGACCCCAGCUGGUGGCAGGCCUACAGGGACGGGGACGAGGACAACCAGCCCCUGGCUGGACUCAUCCCAGGCAGGAGCUUCCAACAGCACAGAGAGACCCUGAAGAGAACCACAGUGGACAGAAAUCCAGAACACCAAGGAAAGCUUUGGUGCGCAAAGAAAAACAAGAAACAGAGAAAGAAAGCCAUGUACACUCCCAACCUGAACGUGGACAACUCCGGCGAUGACAUCCUGACCUAUGAGGAGAUGGCGCUCUACCAUCAGCCGGCCAAUCGCAAGCGGCCCAUCGCCCUGAUUGGUCCACCCACCAGCGGCCAGGAUGAGCUCCGUCGGAGGCUUCUGUCAAUCGAACCAGACCGGUUCGCUGGGGCUGUACCACACACAACCAGAAGUCCACGAAUUCAUGAGAAAAAUGGCAGAGAGUACCACUUUGUCAGCCGGUCUGCGUUUGAGACGGACCAGGCGGCGGGGAAGCUCAUUGAGUCUGGGGAGUUUAACAGGAACCUGUACGGGACCAGCACCGAUUCAGUCCGUCAGGUCAUCAACUCUGGACGGAUCUGUUUGCUCUGUCUACACACCAGGUCAUUGCGGGUACUGCGCUCCACCAACCUCAAACCCUACAUUAUCUUCAUAGCGCCUCCUUCUCAGGAGCGAUUGCGCACCCUGCUGGCCAAAGAAGGCAAAAACCCAAAGCCGGAUGAGCUGAAGGAGGUGAUUGAGAAGGCCCGCGAGAUGGAGCAGAACUAUGGACACCUGUUUGACGGCACCAUAGUCAACAUGGAUCCAGACACGGCGUUCUUCGACCUUCGCCGGCUGAUUGAGAAGUUGGACACUGAGCCCCAAUGGGUGCCCUCUUCCUGGCUGUGCUAGGGGUCAGCGGUCACAGAGGUCUCUUCCUGUGUGAGAGCACAGGAGGGGAGGGAUGGACUGACUGUUGCCUCAGGUUCCAGACCCAUCAUGGUCCCUUGAAGAAUGUGUUGGGGUGAAAGACCAUCUAUCAGAUAUGGAAGGACUUCUCCUUGCCUUCUUGGAAAAGGAGAUCUUUACCACAUUUGCAGGGAUGGACUGAAGUUUCUUAAAUGUAUGUUUUUUUCUGUGUUUUGAAUGUUUUAACAAUGUACUUCACCCUUCCAGAACAAUGCAAAUGCAUUCAUGACCAAUACUAGCGACCAGUACUAGUAUAUUUUUAUCCUACUCUUAACUAGCUAUUUAUAAAUGUGUAAUAUUUAUGUUUAGAAUAUUUGGUAAAGAUGUGCACUGUACCUUUACAUAUAAUGUGCUACCAGCCCAAUGGACUGGAAUAGCACUUCUCAGUUGAUAAACCAUUUUCAGAUAGUAGGUUCUGAACAUUCAAUUUCCUUCAACUAUCAGCCUGAUCUUCUAUCAGUACAUACUGACAAGACCUUGUGCUGGGCAAUAUACAGUUAGACUCGAUGUAACUAUCUUAGGUUAGAGAAGAGAAGGUUGGCUGGGUACUUCUGUUAGAUUCAGUAUUAUUGUAUGUUAUCUAAAGAAUAUUUGGACCUUGAAAAUACCAGACCCCAAGAGUUUGUGUAGAGAUGGUCUAACAAUAAAUAUGUACAGUAGCCUCACUGUAAUGUAUGACGUACAGUGACUCGUGUGUAUCAACUCUCAAAAAAAUACUUUUAACAGUUUUAGCAUAGUGGAAUGGUACUCAAUGUUUGACUUCAUACGACCAUCAAUUAAAAAAAGGAACCACUUGUGAA